GCCAUAUUUUUCGCAAUACUCUACACAACUGUCCAAAUGGGUCAAGAUUACUACGCUGUUUUAGGCCUAACAAGAAAAGCUACGGAUGCAGAUAUAAAAAAAUCGUAAGUUUAGUGACUUAUAAAUCUAAACAUUAUAUUUUAUUCACCAAGGGAACUUACGAUUUGUCAAAAUUUCCAUCGCCAGCUAUCGCAAGUUGUCACUGAAAUUUCACCCAGACAAGAACCAGGAGCCAGGGGCAGAUCUUAGAUUUAAACAAGUUGCAGAGGCGUAUGAUGUGUUAAGGGAUCGUAAGUAUUAAAAUAGUAUGCUUCUUUGGAUUUACUGCGAUGUAAAAAAAAACUGUCAAAAGUUUGGGUCGUUCUUUAUUAAUUGAACUCAAAGGUAAAUAUGAAGGCUUGACAAGUGCUCACUGAUCACUUUUAAAUAGUACUAUUGCGUAACUGAUUUCGUGUUUGACCCACAUAUCCGGAUUCUUCAUUUCUUUCUGAGUACUAAACAGCUCAACAUAAUGAAUGUUUCUUACUUCUGUACUGUUAAGUGGAGCUGACUUGGAAUAUGAUAGUAACGGAUUAAUAACUGACAGUACUCAUAAGUGUUCAGCAAGUCAAGAUAUAAUUGUUAUUUCAGCUAAGACGAGGGCAAUUUACGACCAGUUUGGAGAAGAAGGUCUUAAAGGCGGAGUUCCUGAUAAAGGUAGCUUACGUACACCUAGACUGAGAUGAGAGUUCAACAAGCACACAUUAGCAGAGGUUAUGAUGAUCUCAUGCAUGGAAACAAGACAUAUUAAUGAUGUGCGAAUAACUUGCACAUCUAGGUUUAUUGGCACACAUUAGCAGAGGUUAUGAUGAUCUUAUGCGUGGAAAUAAGACAUAUUAAUGAUGUAUGGAUAACUUGCACAUCUAGGUUUACUUGGAAACUGUAGAUGUCUGUGUAUUCCUGUGAAAUAAUGCUGAAGGGAAUGGGGCAUCUAAACUGCAAGGAAAUUUAAGAAGGAAAAUAGUGAAGAACUGACAUAACGGAGACGAUGCAAAAAUAACAAUGAAACAUGUUUACUUUGUACUUAUGGUACAAUAUACAUGUCACUGCACCUUUUCAUUUGAGUUAUGCCGAUUUCAAACCCCUAGAAAUUAACAUGUAACUGCUACUGCAAUUCUAUGGUACUAUUUAGCUGACAGAUGCUGAGACCAGACAAAGUUUUGGGUGGGCAAGAUGGAUGGGAUCCAUAAAAGUGCAAGGAAAGAACUUAGCCAAUUUCAUACUUGGUUAUGCAUAUAUAAUGCAGAUUGUAGGGAGGAUUGCCAUCAGAUCCUAGGAAUUAAAGAGUGUAACUUUAGAAAAUACUUAAUUUAUUAGUAAAUAAUGAUUUGUCCUAAAGAUGUGGUGAUAUCUUCUUCAUUGUAGAUGGAUGGACUCCAGGGUACACAUUCCAUGGAGAUGCUGGUCGAGUUUUUAAAGAAUUUUUUGGGGGAGACAAUCCUUUUGCCGGUAUGCUUGUUUUUGUUUAUGUUCAUGAGAAGAAAAACUUGCCAUUUUGAAUAUGACUUUUUUUUAAAAAUCUGUUUACUUUUCAAGUUUUGAAGGCAGAGGUCAUGAUUUAUCUUAAUCAGUGAAUAAUAAAAUUAUGAUUGAAUUACUGUUUUGUUGAGUUAUUGAAAACAACAUAGUAUUUAAAAAAAUAUAAAAAGCAUGAUCUCAUUGAACGUGUUCAUGCAUAAAGUGAAGUGGCCUGGAAAAUAACCUCUGGUUUUACUUUCAGAAUUAUUUGACUCAUAUGAUCCAGAAGUUGGGUUUGGUGGAAUUCAUGGCCGAGGUCGUCGUAAGCAAGAUCCACCCAUUGAGAGAGAACUUUACCUCACUCUGGAAGAAGUUUAUAAAGGAUGUGUCAAAAAAAUGAAAAUUUCAAGAAGGGUAAGAAAUAAGAGUGUUGGCCAGUAUUUACUUGUGCAGGAAGGAGCCAAAUAUCAUUUUAAGAAAAUACUUUAGUGGUGGGUGUUUCUUUUGUGAAGGGUGUCUCUGGGCAUCUACUUCAACCCUGCAAAAAAAAUCUGUAAACAAUGAGUCCUGUGUAUUGUGAAACUACCAAUUGUUGAUUGUGACAUUUCAACUGCUACAGUGUUGAUAUGAGGAUCUAGUAUUACAAUUCACUAUAUACGGUAUUAAGCACAACAGUUAGCUACUUUUCAUGUGUUUGACCCUCUCACUUCCAAGAUCUGAGAGAAAAUUAUCACAACCAGUCGUAUAGCUAAGAUUUUUCAAACAAGGGGGUCACACAUUGUCACACCUAGGUUAUCUACUAGACUGUCCUGUUGACAUCCACAAAAUGCUGCAAAACUAUGAUUUAUCUUUCAGAUCAGCACUCUUGAUCCCCUCCAUAUUAAUGAAUGCUAUUCAUUCAACUAAUUUAUUCUUGUGUUAUUCACAUUACCAUGUUCCAACCAAUGCUAUAGCUCUAUUUCUUGGUACCUGUCUACAAACCAUACGCAACCCACAUUUCCUUUUUUCCCUCUGAUAAAGGGGUUAACACUCAAAUUGUCAGCCUAAAAACUCUUAGCAUUGGCCAAUUUCUUUAAUUAUCCAAUAAAACCAAAUUAUCUAUAUACAAUUAAAAGACAAUUUGUGUUAACAGGUGAUGAAUGAAGAUGGGCACACAUCGAAUAUUCGUGACAAAAUAUUGACCAUCAAUGUCAAACCAGGUUGGAGAGCAGGGACAAAAAUUACAUUUCCUAAGGAAGGAGAUCAGGGUCCAAACAACAUUCCAGGUAAAUACUGUGUAUCCCUUUCCUGCAGGAAAUAAGGUUACUGUACAUGAAUAUUAUCAAUUUCUCCAUGAAAUGAUCUCAAAGGAUGCAAAGUGUAGCUCAGUGAUUAGAUGACCAAACUGAGUUCAGUGUUUUAGUUCUCUCAGAACUGUCUUCAUUGAUUACACGAAACAGAAUAUUUCCACAAAAUAAAGCAACUGAAUGUGAUGUUAUAAUUCUGUUCAAUAAUACAACUUUAUUCCCUUGGCUUAUUGUGUGCUAUUUUCUUUUACACCAGCUGACAUUGUGUUCAUUGUGAAAGACAAGCCUCACCCAGUCUUCAAGCGUGAUAAUGAUAACCUUGUCUAUACUGCUACUGUUCCUCUUGGAAAGGUAACUCAACAUAUUCAUCAUUCUUUACACCCUAAUACCAGUAUGUUUAUUCCCCAUACUGUUCUCUAUACAUUUCCUAAGAUGCUAACAUGGGGAAUUUACAAAAAGUAUCUAGAGCUUUGUUAGUUGGUGAUCAUUUCCUUUAUUCUUCUGACCUUAAUGUAUGAUUCAGGGGUGAUAUUCUGAAGAGAAAUUAGGUGCUGGUCACUCCUAAGGGUUAAAGGGUUAAAAAGAAUAUACCUUGUCACUCCUUGACCCUCAGUCCAAAGCCCAUGAUGAGUACUAUUUAGGCAGCCUCUGUCAAUAACAUAGUUGGUGGUAAAUAUUGAUGUAUAGGUCAAUAGUCAAUCAUUGUUAGGUUGAUAAUCUGCAGAUUAAGAACUGAUCAAGAACUUGCCAACCUGAAGACAAUCAAAACUCAGUGAUAGUCAGAAAAGGUCUCACUGUUGCUAUAGCCGGCAGACAUCUUGAUAAAGCCAAUUCUUAGUUGAUUUCAAACCAUCUGUCAACCAUAUUGACAUAUAGAUCAACUAUCCAUCAACAUUUCAACCAAAAUCUGGACUGAGGCCCUUGUUAGUGAUCAUGGUCCCCAAAUUUAUUUCAAAGGCAAACAAGUUUUCAGAACAUCAGGAAGUGUUAAUUGUUAAGGGGAUGCAGGGUUUCUGUUAUUACUUAACCCCUUUAAUUCCCAAGAUAUGAUUGUUAAUUCUUUCCAUUAGCUGCUGCACAUUUCCUAGAAUAUUAGUUAGGAUAAUUUGGUGUUAGAUCAAGAGAACAUUAUCUACCUCAAAAUUUGGGUACACUCUUACAUUUUGCUGGAUGAUUUAUGGGUAAUAUAGAGGGAAGUUCCAUGUUAAUCACUUCAGGGAGUUUAAGGGUUAAUCUACCUUAUGCAAUGUGCUAUCCACCCAUAUGCAACAAACUAAUUAGAUUUCUGGUUUAGUAUUUGUGUGAUGGUGGUAUUGGUAACAACCAGUGAAGUACAUCUUUUAAAAGCUGAUACUAUUAGGCAAUUAUCUCAUGGUACCAUGGAUGAAGCGGAGUACUAGUCUUUAAAAUUUCAAGACAAAAUGCUUUUGUUCACCAUCAGGCAUUGACUGGCUGUGUAGUGGAUGUUCCAACACUGGAUGGUCGACUCAUAAGCAUUCCAAUCAAUGACAUUGUUAAGUGAGUAUUUUACCUUCACUUUUUUCCAAUAUGAUACAUUUAUAAUACUCACAUGGAUAAGUAAAAAUAACACUGUGAUCAAGUUAGCUACCAGUUAUGAAAUAGAAAAACACUUUUUGAUGUGCAUUAGGUUGAUUUUUAAAGAAAUAUUCAUUGAUUGAAUAUAAAUUUUAUUCAUUCACAUGAGCACUAGGAGUAGGUAGAAAACCUGGGUUUCCCCGAGGAUUCGAACCUCAUGACUUGCUGAGUUUUCAGUCUGAUACUUUGCCAUACAACACCAUGCUGGUGACUGGGGCAUAACAUCCUCUUUAUAACAAGUGAGCUUAAAAUUUACUGCCUUUUUCAAUCUCUUAAAUUUCAGAGGUCCAGGUUUAAACCCUGGCUGGGUCAUUGUGUCGUGUUCUUUGGAAAGACACUUCCUCCCUCAAUUCCCCUUUCCAAUCAGGAGUAUUGAUAAUUGGCAGCAAACUGUCAGGGAAAUCUGACAAAAUGCUUGCAGGUUACAUGUUCAUCAGUUCUAGGACUUAACCCCAUAACAAUUGAUUUUUAAGAAAAUGAUAAUAUGAAACUAAUGAUGUUGAAACUGAUACUUUUGCUUUACUUUGAUUUCAGACCUGGCUAUCAAAAAGUUGUUCCUACUGAGGGAAUGCCAAUCUCCAAGGAUCCGAACACAAAAGGAGAUCUAAUAAUUCAAUUCAACAUUGAAUUCCCAAACCAACUCAACCCAGAACAAAAGAGAAUGCUGAAAGAAGCACUACUGCUUCCUCCAUGA